AUGCUGUUAAAGCGAAAUCUCCCCUUUUCCUAUGCAUUCCAUUUCCCGCCGACUAUCAAUCCAGCACCUCCAUCCACCACAUCCACAGCGUAUCUUCCAGCAACUAUCAAAUCCACAAGCACAAUGAACCUUCAAUCCGGACUCUACAUCAUAACUUUCGCCCUCCUCACCCUCCUGGAUCUCAUCACAGCCGAAGCAGCCCCUCCCCCAACCCAACCAUCCAACCACCCCAGUCCCAAAUACAAUUGGCGCCUCGAUCUAUACCACAAGAAACAAUGUAGUGGCUCCGCAACCAAUGUCUCCGGCGUGGGAUCAACGUGCUGUCGAAAUGAUGUGCCGAGCGGUGGAGCCCUGGCAUUUAUCAAGGUAGACCUCGAUCCGCACUGCAAGGUGUCGCUGUAUAAGGAUGGCAAGUGUUCGCAUGAUCAGCGGGUCGGGGAUAUUCACUCUUCUUCUGGGUCGAGGUGUGCUGUUACUUCGUCGAAGAAGAAGAAGAAGAAGAAGCAUAUUAAGAGUUAUAAAGUUGAUUGUCAGUAG